UCUGACAUUCUUUGAGGCUUCCCACGUUCUUCUGGUUGACUCCACUUUGGGACCGCUUCACUUAUCGCUCAUGAAUAUGGGCAGAGAUAUCAUGAAGUUUUUCGUGCUUUUUUCCCUCAACGUUUGUGCGUUUGCUCUCGCCAUGAGAAAACUGUACUCACAGUACGUGCAGACCUCGACACAGGUCACAAAGAACAGCAACACCACAACAAGCCACGCCUUUGAAAGAAUUGAGGGAGUAUUUGGCACCUUAUUUUGGGCAUUGUUCGGGCACGUAGAAAUGUCCACCUUCAACACCAGUGACCAAGCUCAAAUAACUGAAGUCACGGGCCAUUUACUGUUCGCUACAUACAGCCUCGCUUCCGUGUUGGUUGCACUGAAUCUUCUCAUUGCCAUGCUCAGUAACACCUAUAAGAAAGUGGAUGAGGAGAAAGACAUUAAGUUCAAGUUUGCGCGGACCCGUGUCUGGAUGUAUUACGUCAGUGAGAUUAGUGCUCUGCCUCCUCCGUUUAACCUGUUUCCUAUAGACAAGGCCGCUAUGGCGCUUCACUGGCUCGCAAGACGAUACCACUGGAUUACAAAAUGUCUUGGACAUUUUGAAAGUGGACAAAGUACUGCCAGAGUGAAGACAAACGAAAAGAGACGCCGAAUCGUCAUCAAAAAUCUGAUUCAUCGCUAUUUCUCUGCGAAAGAAAAACCACAAAUCGACGAGCCUGAAGAAGAAUCUCCUCCUCCAGAAGAGAUACAGCACAAACUAAUGGAGGUCACAAAAACAUUACAGAGCCUGCAAAAUGUGGUCAAGCGGUUUCGUCAUCAGACCCCAACGGAAAAGAGAGACAACCAAGAAACAGAAGCUAAGUAAAGGAUGAGGCAGUGCUUUCAGUGGAACAAGAGUCGUAAACAGAGCAUUGUAUCUCGACCAAGUCACCUCAAAGUGAAAGAAUAAGGGGAAAAAUAGGAAUUUUUCUUGCCUGAUAAAGUAAUUUUUCUAGAAAAUCAACGAAUUUACUCAGGAGCCAAAAGUAUAGUUGGCACAUCAUGAUGAGUAUACUAAAAAUUAAUUAAUAACAUGCAUGAGUGUGGUAUUUUGCAUUAGAAGUCAAAGGUAUAUACAUUGUAUAUACAUCGUCAAGUGCCCAUUCUUUCAUAAUUGUUACACGGCCCAGCUUCAUGAAUGAUUUCUCAUUCUGAAUUUUUUUCCUGAACUCUAGUUUUCGGAUCUAUCAAUUUUAGAAGCUAAAAGGGUCCGUAUAAUUUUAUCACCAACUGUUGAAUAACCAUUACAACGUGAUUACAAUCCUAGUCCUGGCCGAAAGUUCUCGGGACACGUGGUAAAGUAUCACCCAAUGAAACAUACCGUGAACUGCCGCUUUUAAGCUCUGGGCUUAUACAACUUUGUAAGGGGUUUUGAAUGAGCUUAUAUCCGGGGGGUCUUAUAAGCGGCAUAAAAACAAACGUUGCGAAAUGAGCUACAGCAGUGUUGAUCUAAGUAAUUUUUUUCAUCUAAUGAUUUUCAAUCAAGCUAUAAAACAUCUUAUGUCGCACCUCUAUUAAGCGGCCCCCUAUUAAGCGAAAACUUGUCACCUAUACACUGUAAUAAAAACCUCUGUUCAACGGCCAGCUUUUUGCCGUCCCAA